CCUUUCUAGAUUCUCUGUUGCGCAUUUUGACAGUAGCGUCCUGGCGUUUAGCUUGUUAGCCAUGUGUUUAACUGGUCCAGAUGGGGAUUUUAGUGAGGUUCGGGACAUGAAUGAAAAUGCUGUUGAAGUUUUAAUUUAUAGUCUGGUUUUAAAGUUCGGGCUUGGGUUAGCUUAGUUAGCUACAAUGGAGCGCCAGGGUUUAAUCGGAGACCUGGACAGCAAGAGUAAGGAGCAGCUGGGUGAAAUACUGUCACGACAAGAAAAGUUACUGAACAAUAAGCGUUUUGUCCAAACCCUUCCUGACAAAGGAAAGAAGAUUUCUGAGUUUGUGGAGAAAGUCCGCCAUGCUCUAGCGAUUAAGGACGAAGAAGAGAAGAAGCAGGCCAGCUUGGACUCUGUGCGAUCAGAAUUUCAGGCCAGAUAUCAGCAGGCUUUCACUCAGCGCCGGCAUGUCGUCUCCGCCGAUGCACCUGCUGCUAGAACAAGGCUUAAAGAGAAAGAGGUGAACACAGAGCCGUCACACCCGGUGGAAGCUGCGAGCAGAGCAGAUGGAGAAAAUAGCCUUGAGUCCAUGUGUAUAGAGAACAAUGAGACAACAUCUGGAGACACAGCAGCAUCAGGGAAUGAAGACGGAGCUACAGAUACGGAUCUCACGGUGGCGUUUGAACGGGUCACUUUAACCGAGGAGAACCCUGUUCCUCCUAGAGACAUGACUAGAAACCCUUUCUCAGGCUCACAGCAACAGAAGAAGCCACAUUACGUAGAAGUGUUGGAGAGAUCAGACCAAAGUGUGACCAAACCUCGAUUCAGACUCAAUCAACUGCCAGUGAAGUCAGCCUCUCCAUCUCCCGGUCAGUCCCCUGGCAGUGUUACCCCGCUCAGCACUGAGGUCCGGAGACAGAGGGACAGGAAGCACCUUGAUGAUGUCACAGCCGCCAAGCUUCCUCCGCUGCACCACAGUCCUGCACAGUUACUAUCACUGGAGGAGUCUGUCACCCUCCUGAAGGAGCAGACAAAGAAGCAUCAGGAGCUCCAAGCCAAACUGGCUGCCCAGAAGCUGGCAGAGGGUCUGAGUGUCAGUAUGAACAGCUAUAAUCCUGAGGGGGGCGCUCUGGCUGCAUACAGAGAGGUGCAUGAUGAUGAUGGGGCACUCUCAGAGGAAGACUGACCCAGGAGACUGAUCCUGUCUUAGCCUGUGGAUAGAGACAUCUGGAGCUGUAAGAUCAGCUUCUUUAACAGCGUUGUCUCAGGUACUUCCUUGAGUUAACUGACUCAUAACGAUGCCGUUCUGCAGAUUAUACUGCAAGGAAGCCAGUUUGGAAACAGAAAAGCUGCUACUGGGAAUGCGCUUUGAAUAAAGCGCUAGUACAGUCGUUCUCAAAUCAAUUUCUGGUAUGAUGAGCGCUAAAUCUUUUUCUGUUCUUUGAUGUAACACCUAAUUUAGCUCGACAGGGCUUUAUUAAACCGUACAUGAGCCGAGCCGGGUGUUCUACAGAAGGGACCAUCCAGAAAUGACAACGCUGGGAACACUGGGAAUGAAAAGCACUGUAUAACUAUGACUUGAUUUCAGAAAUAUGAAAACGCAUUAUGCAAGAAUUUAUUCAUUUUUUUUUUUUUUUUUUUGCAAGACCUGUUUUUUUUUAGUGUGCAGUCAAAAA